GUGGUAUGUCCCGAAACGCUACGAAAUUUUGUUCAUGGUCUUCGUAGGAAACGGCUUGUUGUACGCCAUGCGGAUCAAUGUGAGCGUUACCAUGGCCGCGAUGACAAACGCCACAUACACAACGUUCGAUCAUGGUGAAGGCUAUAAUCAAACUGUGGAAACGUGCCCCAAACCGAAUAAUUCGACUGAGUCCACGAAUGAAAACGGAGAAUUCCUGUGGACGGCGCACCAGCAAGAACUCAUCAUCGCUGGGUUCUUCUACGGCUAUUCCGUCUCACAGAUUCCGGCAGGAUGGCUUACGGAUAAAAUCGGAGGAACUCGGGUGUUCGGCUUCGGCAUGUUCAUAUCCGGGAUAUCCAGUCUGCUAGGGCCUACAGCCGCUUGGAUGGGACCGGAGUUUCUGCUUGCAAUUCGGAUCUUUUGUGGCUUUUUCGAGACGGGUAAGAUUGCAAUACCCGUGAAGUCUAUCAUACUCUCAAUACCAGUCUGGGCUAUCAUCAUCUGCUCAUUUGUUGGAACGUGGGCCAACAACGUCGUGUUUACAAAUCAACCUAUCUAUCUUAAACACGUUCAAGGCAUGAACAUUGAAUUGAUUGGUAUCCUCUCUUCCAUUCCCUUCCUGGCUGAAGGGGGUAUGCUGGUUUUAUGUAGCAAACUCGCAAUCAAAUUAAUCAACGAAAAAACACUCAGCGUGGUGGCCACGAGGAAACUUUUAACUGCAAUAGGUCUUGGGCUCACCGCCGGAUCAUUCCUGCUGUUGGCCUAUGUGGGAUGCAACAGCGCCCUCUCAGUCGUCUUGAUGAUCAGUGCAACAGGGUUCAACGGUAUCGCCUCCAGUGGUUACUACGUCAACCUCAUGGACAUCGCUCCCAGGUUUGCAGGUAGUCUCCUCGGCUUUGUCAACACCUCAUCGGCCAUAUCCGGUGCCUUGACACCGUAUGUUAUUGGUGUCUUCACGACAAAUCAGGCUGACAUUCUUGGAUGGCAGACAGUCUUCUUCAUUUCAACUGGACUGACUCUGCUAGCUGCACUCGUGUACAGUAUCCUUGGAUCUGGUGAAGUGCAAGAAUGGGCUAAAUCAUCUAAUGAAGAAACCUUGUGAAGUUCACCCAAGUGGGAAUUAUUCUCAUCCAUAAGACUGUGCUGGCUCACUUCAUGUUUAACCAACGUUGGGUUGUACGCUUCCAAUUAAACAUGUAUACUCUGUUUUCUUUAAUCAAGAUGUUUGUCUACGUCGAGUUACGACUUCCGCCUAGCCCACACCACUCUUCAAUGUAAAGUAAGAUACACCCCAGCCCAUUUGACCAAGUUGCGGUAAAUGAUCAUAAGGUAUGAGGGAAGAAACAAGGACAAUCGGCCUCAAGGUCCAUUUGCCUCGUAAGAAGCCAUGUUUCAUUCGAAUCGUAACUGUAAAAGUCAAUUAGAAAGUCAACCACGAAAUUUCUAUCUCGUCUGUCGUUAACAUUUGGAGUUUCUUGUUUGCGUAUAGAGAGGAAACUAGGUACCAUGACAACUUGACAACUACGACAAGAAACUGGGGAAGUUGCUCAGAGCAUUAAGUGAUAUCCCUCAUUAUAAACCAUAAAUAAUAAUUAUAAUAGGCAUUUAUAUUGCACCAUCUAUCUAAAAUAAUCUAUUCCGAGGCGCAUUGUUCUUAGUAUUGUUACCCCAGCUUUAGCUCGAGUUGCCUUUCAGCGCUUAGUGGAUUCAAGGAAUUAAUCCUGCCGGGUACCAAUUCACCUCACCUGAGUUGAGUGCAGCACAAU